AUGGAUACAAUGCAAGACCAGAUACAACCUAUCGCCAUAGUUGGCUUGAACCUCAAGUUUCCUGGAGACGCUACUUCGGCGGAAUCCUUCUGGGAGAUGCUUGAGAAUGCAAGGAACGCAUCAAGCAAGGUGCCCUCAACCCGCUUCAACGUCGAUGCAUUCUAUCAUCCACACCCUAACCGUCUCGACAGUAUGCGUGUUCAAAACGCCCACUUCAUGAAAGAAGAUCCGCGGGCCUUUGAUGCUGUCUUUUUCAACAUGUCGCCAGCAGAAGCAUCCAUCUUAGAUCCCCAACAGCGCGGGCUCCUCGAGGGCACAUAUCACACCUUUGAAAACGCUGGCUUAGCAAUGGAGAGAGUUGCUGGUUCCCGCACCUCAGUUUUCUGCGCCUCUUUCGGCCGCGAUAGUGAUGCCAUAGUGGCCCGAGAUCCAGAGUUCCAAUCCCGGUACCAAGCAACGUCUUCAGGGUCGUCUAUGUUGUCAAACCGCAUCAGUCAUUUCUUUGACCUCCGAGGUCCAUCUUUGACGGUUGACACCGCAUGCUCCAGCGGACUGUACGCCCUUCACCUAGCGUGUCAGAGCAUACUCAACGGGGAGUCCGACAUGAGCCUAGUCUGUGGCUCCAAUACCUAUCUCACUCCCGAGUGCAUGAGUUUCCCCUUGAGCAACGCCGGCUUUCUAUCUCCGGAUGGCCGAUCCUAUAGCUUUGACCACAAAGCCAACGGUUACGCUCGUGGAGAGGGAUACGCAUUCGUUCUUCUCAAGCCGUUAUCCAAAGCUCUGGCGGACGGAGACAUUAUUCGAUCAGUGAUCCGUGCCACAGGCGCAAAUCAAGACGGGCGGACGCCGAGUAUCACCCAGCCCAGUGCUACCGCUUAG